UUGAUUAAGACGUAAGUUUUUGGACUUUGAGCAUUAUUGUUUGAGCCCUUUCCUUAAUCAUAUUAUGUUGAUAGUACUUACAAGUAUUGCCUCCUUGAAGUGCAUUCAAAAUCUAUGAUAGCAGUAAGGGAGUACGGAGUAGUCGAAUUAUUAAUUGGAAAACAGUUGAGUGCCCGAAACAACCUACAAACGUGGAAUGUGGUUUCUAUGUAAUGAAAUACAUGAAAGAUUUGAUUAGAGAUGAGAGGAUGUUAAGCAGAGGAAAUUUCAAUGGAAAAAAAACUUACACGAAAGCCGAAAUUGAUGAAGUGCGAGCCGAGUGGAUAAAGUUUGUCAUGAACGAAAUAUAAUCAGCUUAUACAUGUAAGUUACCUCUUCAUUUGUUUAGAUGGCUUUGAUCAAGAAUGUAGGUUGUAGCUUGUUAAUUGUGUUGCAUUGGGAGUGUUGAGAUUAGUUUCAAGCUUUGGAAAUGUUGGUCAUUUGCUUGGAGCUAUUUUAUGAGCUCCUUUGUGAACAUUCAUUAUUUGACUGGCAACUCUCCUACUCACCUUCAACAUCUCAUAUCACAAAUGCACUAUGCAUUUUCUAUGAAGGAACUUGGUUCUCUUUCCUAUUUUCUGGGUAUUGCUGUUCAAUCUUGUGCUAAGGGCCUUUUCUUAUCUCAGUCUAAAUAUGCUAGAGAAAUCCUCCACAAAGCUGGUCUUGCUGAUUGUAAGCCCUGCAUUUCUCCUUCAGUGAUCAAGCCUACCUCCUCUUCUGUGUCCUCUGCCCCCUUUGCUUUUCUAGUUCUUUUUAGGAGUAUUGUAGGUGCUCUCCAAUAUCUCACUAUUACUCGUCCCGAUCUUGCUUUUGCUGUCAACCAAGCUUACCAACAUAUGCAUUUUCCUACCGUUGGUGACUUUGCAGCAGUGAAACGAUUGCUCAGAUAUCUUAAGGGUACUAUUGAUCAUGGUCUGAUUUAUCAACCUUCCUCAUUUGAGCUUCAUGCUUUCUCUGAUUCUGAUUGGGGUGGGGACUGCUCUGCCCUCAAGUCUUCUUCUAGCUAUUGUGUGUAUCUUGGUGACAAUCUUAUUUCCUGGUCUGCAAAGAAGCAGACAACCGUUUCUCGUUCCUCUACCGGGGCUGAGUAUCGCUCUCUUGCUCACACUGCUGCUGAAUUGAGUUGGCUUCAAUGCUUCUUCGUGACCUUCAUAUUCCGGUUACUUCCACUCCGGUGUUGUAGUGUGAUAACACCUCUGAAUCAGUUAGUGGAAGUAUGUAGUGAAGUGGAGGUGCUAGUUGUUGAUAGCUGUAUUAGUUCAAGUAGUUCGUCUUUACUCUUGUAUAAAGUUCCUGCUGCUAGUUCUACUUCUCUUGAUGCGGCUUCUUUUUGCUUGGAGUUCUUGAUCUUAUAUAUGCUUGAGUUUGGUUCUAAAGAUAUGUUUUCUGUUGGAUUAAUUUAG